UACAACCCCAAGCUGGCCGACGUCUGGUCCCUGGGCAUCAUCCUCUUCAUCAUGCUCAACGCCAGCAUGCCCUUCGACGACACCAACCUGCGCAAGCUUCUCAAGGACCAGCUCAACCGCAACUGGUCUUUCCGCUCGCACGUCCGGGACUCGGUGUCCAACAUGGCCAAAGGCAUCGUUCGCCACCUGCUCGAGCCGGACAUCACCCAGCGACUGACCCUGGAGCGGGCCAUGGCCCUGGACUGGGUGCGGUCGCGCAGAGAGAAGCCGCCCUCUGCCGCCAAGCUGACCACCCCCGCGGCGGCGCACGCCUCCAGCCCCAGCCUGCCGCCCCCGCCGCCGGCCCGACCGCUCGCGACGGGGACGUCCGUGCCGUCCGGCGCCUCCAAGAGCAGCGACCCGGCCAAGAACAGCGAGCGCCCCGACCAGCCGGAGACCCACUCGGCGUCCAAGCACCGCAAGUCCGCCGUCAGCAAGUCAGCCGGCGCCACGCCCGUCAACCAGCCGGCGGAGUAGCGCCCGGCGUGAAGACCACCCGCAGGCCCUCCCCCCCGUGACCAGCCCCAACAUAAAAAAAGAAAAAAAAAGACCUGUUUGAACCGCAAAAUAAUAAUCUGAGUCAUGCCUAACAAAGAUUAUACUUCCCCCACAUGUUGGUUUUAAUUGCACACCAGACACAUGCCAGGUGCAACCCAAACUACGCUCAGUACUUAAUCCCGACAUUGCCACCUUGCCUUGUCAAUUUCGUUUAAUUCGCGUAAAAUCGACGAGAGUCUCGGUUUAUCCAACACAUCAGAGGCUAUACCGUAACCUACAUAAGAGGGACAGCGCGCUUUCGCAAGUUACGGCAAUGUCGAAUUCGGAACGGAGAACCCACUCCGGGAAGUGGGAUAGGCGUUACUAGGCCAGGCGAGAAAGAG